AUGGCGAAGGACUGCGCUCGUAGGAGGAUUCCGAAUGUGGGCCAGAAUCAGCAAGGUCGGGUGUUUGCUAUGAAUGCUAGUGAUGCUGCUAAGGUGGAUGCUUUGAUGAGAGGUAACUAUUUAAUUGGUGAGAAAAUAUUGGUUGAUUUGUAUGAUACUGGAGUUUCGCAUUCAUUUUUUGCAUUUGAUAAAGUUGAGGAACUAGGAUUGAAAGUGUCCGAAUUAGCUUUCAAUUCGUAUGUGCAUACUCUGUAUCAGACGAUCGUGACUAAAUCAGCUUGUAGGGGAAUAUUUUUCAAGAUUGAGGAUAGAGAAGUUGUUCAUGAUUUAAUCUAUUUGCCAAUGGUUGGGUUAAAAAUGAUUUUGGGAUUUGAUUGGUUGUCGAAGAAUCGGGUAUUGUUAGAUUACUUUGAGAGAUUGAUUCGGUUUAUGCCGGAAGGAGAAGGAGGUGCAAUAGUAGCUGAGGGUUAUUACCUGAACUCUGUGUUGGUGAAUCGUAGUGGGGAGGAGUGCCAGGAUUAUAUACUCUUGGCCGCAAAUGCGUUAGGUGAUGAACAGAAGUUAGAUCAAAUUCCGGUAGUUAGGGACUCUCCUUAA